AUGCAGUUCAAGUCUACUAUUUUUGCAGCUGCUUUAGCUGCUACUGCUCUAGCAGCCAACGAUACUGAUGUUCCAUCAUCGUGUUCGAUCUCAUCUGGUGCCACUGCCACUGCUCAGGCCGAUUUGGAUCAAUACAGUGGCUGUACAACUUUGGUGGGUGAUCUAGAGAUCACUGGUGAUUCCUUGACUUCUGCUUCUUUGGCUAACGUCGAAGAGUUGCAAGGUUCUUUGAUUGUUAACAACGCUUCCAAAUUGAACGAUUUCCAUGCUGACUCUUUGAAGAAAGUUACUGAUACUCUAAGUUUGCAAAAGUUGUACAUUCUAUCAGCUGCAUCUUUCGGUGCAUUGGAAGAAGUUGACACUAUUCAAUUCAUCACUUUGCCAGCUAUCUCUACUUUCACUACCAACUUGAAGAGUGCUAACAUCAUUUACGUCUCCGAUACUGCUUUGGAGACCGUCAAUGCUUUCACUUCUCUACAAAAAGUUGCUUCUUUCAACAUGAACAACAACAAGGGUCUAGGUAACUUGGAAUCCGAUUUGGAAACUGUCUCUGAUUCUUUGGAAUUUUCUUCUAACGGUAAUGAUGCUAAUGUCACUUUUGAUAAGUUGAUUUGGGCUAACAACAUUACCAUUAGAGAUGUUGAGUCUGCUUCCUUCACUAACUUGGAAUCUGUGAACCAAUCUUUGGGUUUCAUUAACAACUCUAUCUCUACUCUAAACUUGUCCAGUUUGUCCUCUGUCGGUGGUUCUUUCUCUGUGGUGUCUAACGAUGAAUUGACUGAGGUCGAUGCUAAGAACUUAACCUCCGUUGGUGGUGGUUUCGUUGUCGCUAACAACACUGACUUCAAGAGCAUCAACGGUUUCUCCAAGUUGGCUACAGUUGGUGGUGCUCUAGUUGCUACUGGUAACUUCACUGAGUUGGACCUAUCUUCUCUAAAAUCCGUCAAGGGUGGUGCUCAAGUUGACACUUCUUCUGGUAACUUCUCCUGUGAUGCUUUGAAAUCUUUGCAAAGCAAGGGUGCUAUCCAAGGUGACUCUUUCGUUUGUAAGAACGGUGCUACUUCUACUUCUAUCAAGUUGUCCUCUACUUCUGGCUCUAGCUCUGGCUCUUCUUCAAGAACUGCCACUUCUAGUGGUGCUAGCAGCAGUGGUUCUGUUUCUGAUUCUAGUGACUCUUCUAGCACUUCAACCCAUACUUCUAGGGGUGCUGCUGCCGCUGAUUUCGCCCCAGCUGGUUCUAUCCUGGGUGUUUUCGCAGCUGUCGCCGCUGCUCUAUUGUAA